CGCGUGAUCCUGAGCAGAGUCGCGGCAGAGUCGCGAGCGAGAUGACUUUGAGUGAAUAGAGACAGCGCGCAGCAGCAGCGGCAGCAGCGCGCGUUUGUUUGUUUUCGAUCGGGGAGGGGGGUACGGGCACGGGCAGUUUUAGGUGGGCGUGGGACAGAACAGGGAUUGUUAUUUUUAUGACUCGGAGAGGCGAGACGGGGCCAGGAGACGCGGGCGAGCGGCGAGUCCCGAACGAGAGAGAGAGAGAAAGGGCUUCCUCCUGCUGCUGCUGCAGCUUUUCAUCACGCCGGAUGUAUCUUGUUGGGCUGUUUAUGUUGCCGACUGAGAGAAGAGAUAACUGACGGAGAGAAAAUUUAGAUAGACUGAUAGAUCGAUAAAUAAAGACAGCGAGAUAUAUCGAGAGACAGAGAGACAUAAACAUUCGCGGAGACGCGGGCAUAAUACGCAGAUGCAUGGAUGAAGUGCGAAACAAAACACAUACAGGUGAUGAAGAGAGAUGAACGGGUGUGUUGAUUGAGAACGCGAGAGAGGGAGAGCGGGUGGAAGUCGCAAGGGCGACGAGAGACACGAGGAGCGCUCUCGUCGCGAGAAGAAGAAGACGACGACGACGAGAAGGAGGAGGAGGAGCAGCAGCAGGAGGAGCAGGAUGAAGCGCACGUGCGAUGGAGGAAGCUCCUCUGAGAGCGACCUCGAGGAGGGCAUCGACGUGGAGGGAGACGACUUGGAGUCCAAGCACGAGUUCGACUCCCCUGGCAAGAGCGGUUCCUGCAGCACCCAGCACAUGGCAAGGAAGCGGCGGCGAGGGAUCAUCGAGAAGAGGAGGAGGGAUCGCAUCAACAGCAGCCUUGCCGAGCUGCGACGCCUCGUGCCCAGCGCCCUCGAGAAGCAGGGUUCGGCAAAACUGGAGAAAGCCGAGAUCCUUCAGAUGACGGUGGAACACCUGCGGAUGUUGCGUUCACCUGGCGGGAAAGGGUUCCACGAUCCGUUCUCCUUCGCCAUGGAUUACCGCAGCAUGGGCUUCCGCGAGUGCCUCUCCGAGGUGGCGCGCUUCCUCACCGUGGCCGACGGCGCCAGCGCCAGCCGGGCCGACCCCCUCAACUGCCGCCUGCUGUCGCACCUGCACAGCUAUGCUGUGCAGCGCGAGGCGCACCUAUCCCAGAGCCAGCAGCAGCAGCAGCCGGCGCUGAUCUCCGCGGCGGCGCCGUGGGCGAUGCCGUUCCACCAGCUGCUGGGCGCCGCGCACCGCCUCGCCCGCGUGCAGCAGCAGCAGCUGGGCCCCGCCGGCGCCCUGCAGCAGCCGCUGGGGCCCCGCGCGGGGGCCCUGCCGCCGCUGCCCCUGCACGGGGUCCCGCUGCUGGGCGCCGCCUUCCCCCUGCCCGGAGCCACCGCGGCCGGCGCCGCCACCGGCCCCGCGCAGAGGCGAGCGCUGGUUUCUCGCGAGCAGAAAGCACUCGGUUGUAGCCGGUAGCUACCCGCCGGGGCCGGCGUCCAUGCGCGCGUGUGUGCGCGUGUGUGUGCGUGUGUGUACACGCUGUGUGAGCGGUGGUGUAGCGGUUGGCGCUCUGCGCUAAAAACCCGGCGACCUGAAUUCGAUUCACGCUCACAGCCAAGACCAGUAAGGAUUUUCUGAACCGGUCCUAGGCUUCCCCUAAGUCGACCCAGCCUCAAAUGAGUACCUGUUAUGGUGUGUAAACGUCGUGCCGUGGCGGCCUUCAUAGGUGCUGCUCGCUAACAACACUUGCCCUUAAAUUCUGUUAAGAUUAUACGGGGGAUCUUUGGCUUUGUACAUACGAGAGAGAGAGAGAAAUAGAUAUAUAUAUAGUCGGGAGCGGUGGCACGGCAGUUGGUGCACUGCGGUAACUAUCCCAGCCGCCUGGGUUCAAAUUUCGGCUGUGGAUGCCGUUUGUCUCACCCCACAGUUGGCUCGAGUUGCCAUGACCCCGUGUUAGUGUGCUUCACCUACAUCGGCACUGGGGAGACAAAGGUGGCCGGGUGUUGUGCUGGCCACAGCCACCCCUCUCGUGGUUCCGUUUCAGCCUCAACAGGUGCUCGCUAACACCACGAAACCCCCACAGUCUGCACGGCUCAGUAGGGGAGGCGUUACCCGUUUGUUUGUUUCUGUAAAUAUCACGUGGCGAGCGAUCGUCAUAACGCAAGACCUGAGGGGGGUGUGGGUCCCGUUAGGAGGCGGUGCGGCACGGCACGACACGGCUGAGAACCUCGUCGGCGGCUGCGUCACGGGCGCAGUUUGCCGACGCCGCAGAGACCUCGGCCAGAGCGUUCGCGCGCGCAAAGAGACACCCGCGGUCGAGCGCCAAUCCCGCCGCCGACGUUACCGACGCCGCGCAGCUGCGCUGGCGAGUGCCGCCACUCGCACGACUCACGCGGUGAGUCAGCGAGGGUCGCAGCGGUUGCGCUACGCCUUGCACGCUUCAAUGCUCUCGCGCGCGCGCGAUCAUUAACCCAGCACGCUUCGGAACGCGCUUACACGCACGCACGUACACGCGCACACGCGCCUGCCCAAUCACGAAUGAAGUGGAUGCUCAAAAAACUGAAACGUCAGGUCGCUGAGGUCACGAUGCUCGGCAUGAGAUGCUGUCAAGUUUCAAGUGGAUGUUGUUUAACCCCGGGUAAGAAGACACACCCGGGGGCCACGUGGUUGGCACUCGGGACUUCAUUUCGUCUGGGCCAGUCCGGGUCGGCGAAUCAGAAAACAUUUCCUGUACCCGGCACGCCGCUUCCAGAAUGCGCGUUCACCGUGCCAGCUCCUCCAGCGUGCCCACGACUCGGAGACUAUUCAGUGAGGAGUCAACGCUGGCUGCACUCGAAGGAAGUACGACGCGCCAACGGGGAGGAAUCGUCCGCCGAGAGAUGCCUCGUUAAUGACCUGUGAGAGUGACUCGUGAGAGUGAAUCGUGAGUGACUUGUGAGAGAUGAUCAGAGUGGCCCGUGAGAGUGACCCGUGGACACACGUGCACGCGAUGCGCGGCGAUGAACUCGUACGUAGGGCCCAGGAGCGGAUCCGGAUGCAUCCCAAGG